UGAGUCCCUAUUUAAGGAAGAAAUGGCGAAACGAGUAUCUGAGGUCGACAGCAGGACUACUCCUGAGGAAACCUGGCACAACAUACAAUUAGCUGUAGACACAGUUGUAACAGCUAUCAAUAACCCGAAACCAGAAGUUAGCAAGAGCCAUUGGAUUUCUACCACCUCAUCUGAACUGAUUGACUCAAGAAGACAGAUUCGAAUGAGCUCCGAUUAUGCUGAGGGGCGAAAGCCAUUCAAACGCAAACUGACAAGAAGCUGUCUCAACGACCGUGAACAGUUGUGGGCGACAAAACAGAAAGAGAUGGAAAAGACAACGGCGAAAGGUAACGCCAGACAACUAUUUAGACUUACAAGGGAAACAGAUGGCAAAAGGAGAAUGACAAGUGAUAUAGUUUCUGAAAAAAUGGCGCUAUAACUAGCUUUGAGGAUGGAUGACAAUUUACAAGAAGGGAGACAAGUCUCCGUGUUGUAAUCACAGGGGUAUUAGCUUGACCAACAUGGUAUCUGAAGUUCGACUGUCAAUGCAUAGACUAUGCGGUGCUGGGAAGGAACAAACACAGGAGAACUACCCAGGCUUUAGACCAGGAAGAGGGU